AUGAUCAUUAGUCAAAUAAGUAACAAUGAGGAUUGUCCUGAACCUUUAGAAACUAAUAUAAAUAAGAGUUCAAAAGUAUUAUUGUGGGGUAGAAGAACUCAACAUCAUAGCUUUGGGAUAGAGAAUCCUAUUUGGAAAUACAAAGCAUUGAGAAUAAUACUUAUAGUUUCUAGAUUUAUUGUUCUAAUAACUAGAUAGAUUACACGAAAGGAUAUGAGUCUUUUCACUAAACAAGAAUUCAAUUUAAUUAAGGAUAAGGCAGCUGACUAUAAUUUUUACAAAUAUUAAGGAUUAUUGCCAAAAGAUAAACCCUCAUAAAUCUUACUCAAAUUAAAUAAUUGGUUUUCUUGCAUAUUAUGUAAAUUUAAAUAAUAAUGAGAGAACAUCAUAGUUAAUUUUUAAGUAAUAAUGUAAGAAAAUGGUUAUUGAAACCAGAUGACACUAUCAUAAUCAUAUGGAAUAUUUACUUGAUUUUGAUAGUAACAAUAAAUGUGUUUUAUGUGUCUUUACGUAUUUCAUUUCCAGAAAUAGUUGACUUUCCUUUAAAAAGUAAAGAAUUCUUUUUUGAAUAAUUACCUGUUUAUUCAUUUCUUUUAGAAAUUAUCUUGAAAUUCAAUACUUGUAUUUAUAAUAAAGGUAUACUAAUAACAAAUAGAGCAAAGAUUGUUAAAUUUUAUUGCAUAGAAGGUUAAUGGAUAUUAAUAUUAGAUAGGUUUUUUAAUUGAUUUAUUUUUGGUUGUUCCUUUCUUUAUAGGAUAACAAUUUGAUUUUAGAUACUUUGAUUUUGUGAUCAUUUUGAAAGUAUUCUAGUUAUCUAGUUUAUUUUCAUCACUUUUUAAUCGUUUAGAAUUGUCAAAUAGAUAAACGGCAUUAUUCGAUUUAUUUAAAAUGAUGUAUGCAUAUAAAUAUGCACUAGAUCUUUUAUGAUUCUAGUAGCUCAUUUUUCAGCCUGUAUUUGGCAUAUUAUAGGACAAUGGGGUGAAUGGGGUAAUCAUGAAGGCAAGACAUGGUUGAAAGUAGCUAAUUUAUAGAAUGAAUCAUGGUUAGAUAGAUAUGUAGUAUCAUUUUAUUGGAGUAUUGUUACAAUGACAACAAUUGGAUAUGGAGAUAUAACACCUGUUAAUUUGACUGAAAGAAUCUUUGUAAUAUUUAUGACUAUGAUUUCAUCUGCAACAUUUGCAUAUACUGUAAAUAAUAUUGGUGGUAUAUUCCAAGAUUUUUCAAAAUAAUCAGUUCAUUUAAAAAAUAAUAUGAAUUAAUUAAAUAGAUAUUUAAAAAGUUAAAAUGUAUCUGAUGAUCUUUAAAUUAAAUUUAGAAGAUAUUUUGAAUAUUUGUGGAGUAAACCCUCUUAAAAAGUAAUAUAAUUUUCAGAUUUAAUUCCUAAAAGUUUAAAAGAUCAAAUGAUUGUAGAUGUUAAUGCUAAAAUAUUAAAUUAAUUAUCAUUUUUUAAGAAUUUUAGUUAACCUUUAUAGAAUAAAUUAUGUAUGUAUUUAGAAGAAAGAUAAAUACAAUCUGAUGAUUAUCUUUUUAAAAGGAAUAAUAAAUCAUCUUAUUUAUUUAUUCUUGUAACAGGAGAAAUUAAAUUAGUAUUAACACUAAAUGAUUAACCAAGAUUGUUAUAAAAGAUAAGUAAUCCAUCCUUUAUUGGAUAAUUAGAUUUCUUUUCCAAAAGAUCUUAUUCUUAUGAUGCUGUAGCUUCAAAGACUACUAAAGUUCUAUAGAUUUCAAGAGACUAAUUACACAAUGUCUUUAAGGAUCACCCUUCUGAUUAUGUAUAUAUAUAUUGAAAUCUAUUACUUAUAGGAGAUAUUCUAGUAGAUAACAGAUGAUAUAGCAUAAAAUUUAAAUUUAAAAGUAAUUUAAAUAAAAUGUAAUACAUGUCAAAGUGAUUCUCAUUUUACAAAUACUUGUCCAUCAUUAUUUGGAAUACCUAAUAGAAUCAAAACUUUAUACAAUUACAGAAGAUUCACUCCUGUUGAUAGAACACCUAAAUAUAUUAGACAUAAUCAUACAAGGAAAAUGUAUGCAUUGAAACAUCAUUUCAUUGUUUUAGAAAGUGUUUUAAAUUACAUGAUGAAAAAUGAAGAUCUUGUUUAAAUAGAAGAGAUAAAGGAAUUAUAAUAAUAACAUGGUAUUCAUUUUGGAAAUCAAUAUACUUUUAAUCAGAUUCCAUAGACUACUUUGUAGAUGAAUACAUAGGGAAAAGCUUCUUUAUCUUAAAGAAUUUAGCUUUCUAUAGAUGAAUCUUCUCCUAGGACAUUUAGGUUUUGUUAGUAGAAUAAUUAAUAUCUAAAUACAACAGGGUUAAAAAAUAAUAGAAAGACAUCUAUAAAUUAUGGAUCUUAGGCAGAGUUGCCUGAAGAAGAAGUACCUGUAUAUGAGAAGAUUAUGAAGAAAGGAGGGAAUGAGUCUUUAUGUGUUAUGAAUGAGUAAGGAUAUUAAUAGGUAUUGUAAGUACCCUAAUUAUAAAUAAAUUAAGUAGUGAGAAGAAAAUCAGUAAAAUUAAAGUUAGAUGAUAGUUCUGAAGAUGAAGAAGAAGAUGAAGAUAAGAUUUUAGGAUAAUACAUAGAUAUAUUUUAGCAAUUCGAGAGAGUUAGUGAAUUUAGCAAUUAUAAUCCUCAUAAUAAUAUUUCAUAAGUAGUGGCUAAAGUAUGAUAUUCAUGCUUUUCGUAGUUUCAGGAAAAAAGAAUGAUAUUCUAGAGAUAAACAAAGAAACGAAAGAGUCGUAGAUAAGAAACCUUAUUGCAUUUAUUAAAGUAAGCCUAAGGGAAAUAAAGAUUAUGA